GACGAGCUCAUUAAUUUUCAUUGAGGAUUGAUACAGCAUAAACUCGGCGGUAGACAAAUAUUUUAUUAGCCAACUUAUAGAUUCAACCAAACUGAACCAAAACUUUUUUUUCAGGGACAGUAAGUGGAAGGUAGCCUGGCUGUCAGACUUAAACCCCAUAGACAGAGCAUACAUUUUACCUACAUAAGAGGAGACUUGACGAGAGGUCCCACACAAAACAAGCUGGGGUGAAAGCGUGGAAGCGCGUCAAAAAAUACUGAACGUUUGGUGGUCAUACGUCAUAGGCUUGCUGUAGAUAUUGAAAGGUUUUGCAACUUAUUUGGAUACAAACCAUGCUAUCUUAUAAUUUGUGAAUCAGAUUCAGAUAUAAAUACCUUGAAAUAAAUUAUUAGUAGUUUAAGUACCAAUUAUAAAUUCCAAACGGGAAGGAGUUUAAGCCAUGUUUCCUUACAAUUGGGGGCAGAAGCGUCGCAAGGAAACCACGUGACCUAUAAUGUCCUAGUGUACGUCACAAUAAAGCCUGCUCUUAUUGGUUCAUUAAAUAUGACGACAGAGGGCGCAAGAUUCGAACCUACUAUAGGUCGCUGACGUGUUCUGCUUCGUCGUUGUCCCCUUUUUUUUUUAUAGCAACCGAGGAAAACAGCCAGUUGUGUAAUUUAUGAAGUGUAUUAUUUCCUAAUUUUGUGUAGCACUCGGAGCUUUAAAGUCCCUCUAAUUUAGUCACCGGGCCGUCGAUGAACAUUGCUAGUUUUGACGCUAGCUAAGUCGUUAGAGGGUUAGCUUCCUCAUGAAAAUAAUAUGAAUGAUGAAACCCGCAAGUUAUUUGAACGAGUUUCCAAAAAGAUGGGGUGGAUGGAGGAGAAUGGACUGGACAAAGCAGAGAAGAAGCUGAUAAGUGAAAUUGGAAAGAAACGCCACGGUGCUACAAGCGGGGAUCCUUUUGUGGAUCGAUUGGUGUCGCCGAUCAAUUUUCUCUCCGAGGAUGAAGACGACUCGGACAAAGAGAACCAGUACGGCCAGGACAACGCAUACAGAAACAAGGCUUUGACAGAGUCCAGCGAUGAUGAAUUUGACCAAUUUCUUGUGAGCCAGGCUACUCCAAAAACUAAACCUUCCUCGAAGAAACCAUGCAGCACUGUGAAGACAGACAGUUCAAAUGUUCUUGCCGUGAGUUCGGAUGACGACAGUUUUGAAAAAUUCCUUCAACGUGUGAAAACUCCAACCACCAAGUCAAAGAAAGCAUCAGAAAGUCUAAGUGAGGACAGCCUUAAAGAUUUCAUCGUGGAUGACGACUUCAUAGUUCCAAAAUCAUCCUCUAAAGGGCCUAAGAAGAAGUGUACUCCAGCCACACAUCAGACAUUCAAGAGACCUCUGUCACUGUCUCAGUGUGCCUCCCCGGUCUUCAUUAGUGACAGUGAUGAUGAUGAUGACAGUAUUGUCAUCAGGAGCACAUGGAGGACUCGCCACACAAAGCCAAACAAAAAUAACCCCGUGAUUUGUAUCGAAAAGGACAGCCCACAGUCACCAUUUUUGCCUCCUGUACCUUCCUCAGUCUUUCCGGGGCAUUACCGCCAUCCCACAGCAUUUCCCAAGCGUACACUUUCUGCUCCUUCCAAGCUGGACAACUCAUCCAGUUCAGAAGAGGAGGACACAUCCUUACUGGAGAGACUUAAAAAGAAGCACACAUUGACUGGCUCUUCGUGUUUACCUCAGACUAACAAAGAAUGCAGCAAGGACGCACCUGUGUUUGUUCCACCUGUAAAGGUGACAGCUAAACCCAGGAUCACCAUAUCGAUUGACAAACCUCCUGCGAAAAGCAGCAUUUUGAAGCCAACCGUGAGUCAAACAGAGCCCAGACAUGGCCCCAUCAGCAGGCUAACAUUGUGCAAAACCCCUGGUUGCUUCUUGGAGUCCCUGUCAAACCCGGGCUCCAGCUAUUGUCGUCAUUUUAAGCAAAACAAGGAAGAACUCACCAGCAAACUCUACCUGAUGUACAACAGUAGUGUGUUUGACAAUAAGCUCCCGGCCAAUAUGUCUGUGACUUGGAAUAAGAAGAUGCGAAAAACAGCAGGCUACUGUAUCACUGGGCAGGAGCGGAGAGGGGGGAACCGAUACGCUCGCAUCGAACUCUCUGAGAAAGUCUGUGAUUCUGCAGAUCGCCUCAGAGACACACUGAUCCAUGAGAUGUGCCAUGCAGCAACCUGGCUGAUCAACGGCGUAAGGGACGGACACGGAAACUUCUGGAAGUUGUACGCUCGCAAGUCCACCCUGGUGCACCCUGAGCUGCCGAUGGUGACUCGCUGCCACAACUAUGACAUCAAGUACAAAUUCAAGUACCAGUGCACUCGCUGUCAGAAUACGAUCGGCCGUCACUCCAAGUCACUGGACACACAGCGGUUUGUGUGUGCACUUUGCACAGGUCAGCUUGUCUUGCUCACACCGUCCAAGCCUCGUGCUCCCACACCUUUUGCCAGCUUUGUCAAGGAGAAUUAUGGGACUGUACGCCAGGAGCUCGCAGGGCAAAGCCAUGCAGAAGUCAUGCGAAAGCUCAGCGCAGACUUUGCAUCAAAGAACAAAAUUUGCGAAAGCUGACAUUCCUACAUUUCACUGAAAUAUUAGUUCUGAAUUCUGAGGUAAGUGGAACACAGCAGAAUCGCAAUAAGAAUGUGAUGAUGUACACAAUGUUCUAAUAAGUGAGCAGCUGCAAGCCAUGUACCGGUAUGUUUCAGGGUAAAUGUUAGUUCAAAUUAAUUUCUGUCAAAUAGUGAGCCAACUGUGUAGUUUUACAUACAAACGGCAGCGGAGUAAUGAGGCUCUAGUAAAUGUACUUGUAGAUUCACUUGUGUCCUGUUUUAUACGACUAAUAAAGUUGUCACAUUUAUCUAUCAAAACAAGUUUACCCCACAUGAUCCAAUAUCACAUUAUAUACAUACACAUUAUACCACAGUAUCCUAAUGUGAGAAUUAUGUUUCUUAAAUCAAGUUUAACAAUUAUGCAUCACAAAGUUUGUGUGCAGUGGCAAUAGCUCUUAUACAUAACAAUUUAGUAAAGCUACGCUUUUGUUGUGCAUUAAGAAAAGAGGCCAAUAAUGCUUCAAUAUAUUUACUUUUAUCUGUGCCAUAAACAUUUAAUAUUCUUUGUAGAUUUUUGAUGCGCUAUACAAUAUACAAAACAUUCAAAAAUACAGACAAAACUGACAACACGCCAAACAUCAUGUAAAAGGGUAGCUGCGUCCAUAAUGUAACUUAUUGUAAAGAGACAAUUAGCAUUAAAAUGAGAAAAAUUUUAAAUUGUGUUGGAAUGUUGUACUGCCGCACAGAUGGUUUUUAACACAAGUGAUCUAAUCUUCACAAGAGUAUGCAGCAUCCUGAACAAGAGCAUUUCGUGUUAACUUGGACAUCAAUGUUGUAUGUGAUGAUAAAGUUUAAGACCAGUUGAAACAUUUUAAGUAUUUACAUUUUGCGCUGUUGGAUUUGAAGGAGGUUCUAAGUAGAGCUGCAAAAAGAAAUGGGAGUGAGACUUUUUUUUUUUUUUUGAGUUAGCAAUUCAUCACAAACAACCAUUGAAGUGAAAUAAGCUGCUGAUCAAAUGUCGAAGACCACAGCCUUUGAAAGCCAAAAAGCCCAAAAAUGUGGAUUCAAUUUCAUUUUCUGUCUCUUUGCAUUUUUUGAAGCUCUGCUUCGAACCUACUUGAUAUCCAACAGUGCAAAUUGUAAGGUCUUGCAUUUUUCAACUGGUGUCAAAAUUUUGAUCAGGAGCAUAUUUAUAUUUUUAAUUUACUUCCAUUUUUGGACACAUCACAAUGAUGAUUAAAAAAGGGAUGAUUGAGAAAGAAAUAAAGCUAUCAGCAGCUUUCCAUCUUUGUCUUGUCAAUGGUAUAGACUUCCGUCAAUACAGACACGUUUUCUUCAUAAUCCGCAGGAACUCUUGUUGGUUCACUUCUCCAUCUCCAUCUCGGUCGGCCUCGUCAAUCAUUUCCUUCAUCAUAAACAAAGUUGGAAACCAGAGAAUAGGAGUACAUGUAAAUCAAGCAUCGAGAUAAUCUCGUGGUCAUGUCUGCAGCCAUCUACAGCACUAAACCAGAACAUAGCCAAUGAUAAUGAGAUUUACCUGCAGCUCUUCAUCUGUGAGGUUCUCUCCCAGCUCUUUGGCGACUCUCUUCAGGUUCUUAAAGGAGAUCCUCCCAGUCUCAUCAUCGUCAAAUAGGCGGAAAGCUUUCAGUAUCUCCUCUUUGGAAUCCUUCUCAGCCUAAAAUGGGGUCAAAAGGGCAAAGCGCCCACACGUCCAGUGUCUGUUGACCAUGUGCCUGAUAGGGUGUCUCUGAUGCAACAUAUAAAAUAAUUUGAUUUGUGACUGAUUUAGUCUAAUUUUAACACUGAC